UUAACCCUAGACGCAAUGAAGAGCGUUGUGUCGCAAGCUUUUUUGGGUAAAUUCACAGCUGUUUUUCCAAAGCUUUUCAAGUGCCAAUGGAAGACAUAUGAAGGUCAGAAGAAGCUCUUUGCGAAUUUCAACACAGACUCAAACAACAUGGCAAGCCGUCAAUUUUGUGUGGGUGGCAACUGGAAGAUGAACGGUGACCAAAAGUCAAUUGCUGAAAUCUGCAAGGUGCUCAGCGGUGCCGCUCUGGAUCCCAGCACGCAGGUGGUCAUCGGCUGCCCGGCCAUCUAUCUGAUGCAGGUGCGCAAUCUGCUGCCAUGCAGCAUCGGCGUUGCCGGCCAGAAUUCCUAUAAGGUCAGCAAGGGCGCCUUCACUGGCGAAAUUUCACCCGCCAUGCUCAAGGAUGUUGGCGUCGAAUGGGUCAUUUUGGGCCAUUCGGAGCGUCGCGCCAUCUUCAAUGAGUCGGACGAGCUAAUUGCCGAGAAGGCUGAGCAUGCUCUGGCCGAGGGCCUCAAAGUUAUUGCCUGCAUUGGCGAGUCACUGCAGGAGCGCGAGGCUGGAAAGACAAACGAUGUGGUUGAGCGCCAGAUGGCCGCCUAUGCCAACAAAAUCAAGGACUGGACAAAUGUAGUCGUCGCCUACGAGCCCGUCUGGGCCAUUGGCACCGGCAAGACAGCCACACCCGAUCAGGCCCAAGAGGUGCACGCCCAUCUCAGGAAGUGGCUGGCUGAAAAGAUCUCGCCGCAGGUGUCUGCCAGUCUGCGCAUUCAGUACGGUGGCUCGGUGACCGGCGCCAAUGCCAAGGAACUGGCCAAGAAGCCCGACAUCGAUGGUUUCCUUGUCGGUGGCGCAUCGCUGAAGCCGGAGUUUGUCGAUAUCAUCAAUGCCCGCCAGUAAACUCGGCUUGGUCCACUCUGGACUGGUACAAAAGCAGCUAAGGAACUGCCUACCCCACGAUUAAUGAAGAACUUGUUAACCUGAUAAGAAACUUAUUGCAUUACGCACACUUUUGGAUAUUGUUGUCGAUCGCUUGAAGAAACUCAAAACGGAUAGCGCUGGAUAAUAGUAGUAAUCGAAUGUAAUUCAAAAUUCUUUGUUCUCAAAAGUCACUAAUUAAUAAUUUAUUCAUUUUUGUGGCACUCAUAAUAAAUUUUGAGUAGCUACCAUAGGAUUAUUUGAAUUACACUCAUUAUAUUUUAAAAUUUGGACGCUAAGACCUCAAUAUAAAUGUUAGAAAAAACCUA